AAGCUUACUAGUCUCAAUGAAACGUUACAGUCAAACCCCCACGUCCCGUCCUGUUCGUCUCUCCCGUCCGCGACCCCGGUGACCACUCCCCAGCGGCCGCCCCUCUCUCUGGCCCUCUCCGCCGAGCCCCUGCCUUCGCCGCACUCCGCCCGCGGAGCCGGCAGCCAAGCCCCAAGGCAGGCCCCUUACUCCGCCCCUCUCCGCCGUGCCCGUGAUCCGCCUGCCUCCGCCCGCCCUCCCUGGCUCCCUGCCUCCGCCCCGCUCCGCCCUCGACCCUGCCUCCGCCGAGAGUAGGCGAUCCCGUCAGCGGCCAAGGACGCCGCCAGCGGGGCGUCUCAAGAUAAAUCUUUCCUCAUGGCAAAGCCGGCCUAUGCGACAAGCAGCCUUGUUUUAGGAUAUGCUUUAUGCUCGAGCUUGCUUGCGAUCAUUAACAAGUACGCCAUCACCAAGUUCAGUUACCCUGGCCUCCUCACUGCCCUACAAUACUUGACAUCCGUGGUUGGAGUUUGGAGCCUUGGGAAGCUCGGUUUCCUCUACCAUGAGCCCUUCAACUUCCAGAUUGCCAAAAAGUAUGCGCCUGCUGCUCUUGUCUUCUACCUCGCCAUAUUCACCAACACCCACCUCCUGAAGCAUGCCAAUGUCGAUACAUUUAUAGUGUUCAGAUCCUUGACCCCUCUGCUGGUUGCUGUCGCUGACACCACCUUCCGGAAGCAGCCAUGUCCUUCAAAGCUCACAUUCUUGUCCCUGGUGAUUAUCUUGGGAGGCGCAGUUGGCUAUGUGAUGACAGAUUCAGGGUUCACCCUCACGGCGUACUCAUGGGCAGUUGCUUAUCUGAUCACCAUAACUACUGAAAUGGUGUACAUAAAGCACAUGGUGACUAACCUGGGGCUCAGCACAUGGGGCUUUGUGAUCUACAACAAUCUUCUUUCGCUGCUAAUGGCCCCUGUGUUUGGGGUUCUGACGGGGGAGCACCUGUCGGUCUUCAGAGCCAUCGAAUCAAGGGGCCAAAGCUGGUUCGAACUUGACGCGUUCAUUGCUGUAGCACUGUCCUGCGUAUUCGGUGUGCUCAUUAGCUUCUUUGGUUUCGCGGCGAGGCAAGCGGUCUCUGCCACAGCGUUUACAGUGACAGGGGUCGUCAACAAGUUCUUGACAGUCGCAAUCAAUGUGAUGAUCUGGGAUAAGCACGCAAACGCAUUUGGUUUGGUUUGCUUGCUCUUCACUCUGGCGGGUGGAAUACUCUAUCAGCAAUCUGUCACAGCUAGAGGAAACACUCCAGCACAUCGUGAGGCUGUGGCUAACAAAGGCUGUGGUGGCGAUGAUGGAACUGAGUUUGAUCCGGAGAAGCAAGGCUUAGUUUCGUCUCCGAAGGACUCACAUGCCUGAUACAUGUUGUUUAGCAGGUACUCAGUUUUGCCCUUUCAUCUGGAACAGACACCGAGUGUUCAAGCUUGUUAUAACUAUGCAACAUAGACAAUUCAGGAGGUAUUUUGUUGUUCUAGAAGGAUGACACACACUCACAGCACAAGUUACAUGUAUACUAUAAUUGUUUUUGUUCCCAUGGUCUUAUUCCCUGUUGUUUAUGCAACUACUGUUGUGUCGUUUACUAGAAUCGCCCGCCUUUUUCAUGAACAUGUGGUCAUUUAGUGAUGUCUAUCGUUGCUCCUUACACAGCUCCUUAUACAGAGGAGUCUCUGUUGUCUACAGCAGCAACAACUUUGUACACUGCAUAUCAUUGGUAGGGAAAUCACCUCAACAGUUUACAGCAAUAUUGGUUAAUCAUUUGCAGCGGAAA